CUUUGAUCUCUUCAUCUUGUACUGUCAAUUGUUCUCACUUUCUGCAUUCCUCAAUACCUUGUUCCCCGGCAUUUUGGCAGAGAUUGCACGAUAGUUUUAACAGGCCCACAUCAUUCGAUUGACAGCGAUACCCGUCGCCAUAAACGCGAACUCACAGCCAGGAUCCCACAAGUCAGCGUCCGUGUCUUGCGGGGCGUUGAACCAGGGCACCAAACAACGAUUGUAGGCGGAUUGCACUUCUGCCGCCCGGGGCCAGACGCCCGCAGCCAAAAAGCACAGAGCCCAAACGCCAUUUGCGUACGAGAACAAGCCCAGUCCACUCAGUGUCCCCUCGUCCGCGUUCUGAGAGGCCAGUAACAUCCUGAGCCACCGAAACCCACCGGCGCCCGCUUCCCACCGCGACGCUCCGUUGCCAAGGAAAAACAACUCGACCUGAUCCACCCAAUUGGCAUCAACCUUUGAACCUCAGCCUUUUCUACUUCGAACCACUCAAGUUCUUCUGUACUGCUACAACCUCUUCGACACCUCAGGUUCACCACCACCUCCCAACCAGACUCUUCCACCACCUUUCUUCCUGCUGAGCGUUGUCUCUGACCUCAAUUGCAUCUCCUCAUCAGCCUGCAUCUGUUGUUUGCCGCCUUUUUCUCUGCUCCAGCAUCCUAGUAAUCCGCUCUUCCUCUCGCCUCGCGUAUAGUCCUCAGAUAACUCCGUCAACUGCAAAUACGCGCCAUAGCAAGCCAAUACUUCGCCUGGUCCCGGUCACAACAUACCACACGCUUCCCUCUACCGUUCCACAAGAUCCUUGGACCUUUAGAUUAUCUCAAGGCGUCUUUUCAUCUCUUCUGGCCGCAUCGAAACACGACCAUCCACAGUCUGGUCUUCGAUCCUACACCUGCAUCUCUUACACGAGUGCACCUUUCUGAUCGUCUCUGUCAUCUCGACUCAACGUGAACGCAGCCAACACGGCUUCCCAAACACACGAUGCCUGCACCUCGCACCCGACAGCGUGUCGGUAACAAUGAAAACGAUGAGAAUGUCACGGCUCAAUCCACCCGUUUGACGCGUGCAAAAGCUGCCGGUCUAUCUGGUCAAGAGGAUAGUAUCGCCCUUACGAAGAAGGCAACUCAGGCCAAGAAACCCACCACAUCUACAAUCAAUGGAACUCAGAGACGGCGUGCUCUUGGUGAUGUGACCAAUGCUGCCAAAGGUGUCGAAGUUGUUGCCGAGGGAAAAAAGCUUGCCGCUACCAAAGCUGGUCUGCCAUCAAAGAUUGCUCAACCUACAGCUGGAGGUGUCCAGAAACUUAGCAGGACCAACUCUUCAAGAGCAGCCUUGGGCCUCAAGGACAACAACGCCAAACAAAAACCCGCUGCAGAUCUCAAGAAACCUGGAAGUGGUUCAGGUGUCCUUGGCCAUACUCAGAAGAAACGCACUCAAACCACCUCGAUCGCGCCGUCGUCAAAAGAUGCCACCCCAGAUCUGGAGGAACCCCCACGGAAGAAGUCGUUAACACAAGAGGCCGUUGAAGAGAUCCAGGCAGAAGAGAUUUCAGACAUUGUCGCCGACCUUGAUGCCGAAGAUCUUGACGAUCCCUCAAUGUGUGCCGAAUAUGUUCGUGAGAUCUUCGAAUACUACUACCACCUCGAAGAAGCCACCCAACCAAACGCCAACUACAUGGAUCACCAAGAUGACCUGGAAUGGAAAAUGAGAGGCAUCUUGAUCGACUGGCUCAUCGAAGUACACACUCGCUUCCGGUUGCUCCCCGAGACCCUGUUCCUCGCCGUCAACAUUGUUGACCGAUUCCUCUCACAAAAGGUGGUUCCUCUCGAUAAGCUUCAACUGGUUGGUAUUACCGCCAUGUUCAUUGCGUCCAAAUACGAAGAGGUUCUCUCACCACAUGUGCAAAACUUUGUUCACGUUGCCGAUGAUGGCUUCACGAUCGAUGAAGUCUUGAGCGCCGAACGCUACACACUAUCCACCUUGAAGUAUGAUUUGAGUUAUCCCAACCCCAUGAACUUCCUCCGCCGUAUAUCCAAGGCCGAUAACUACGAUAUUCAUACGCGCACCCUUGGAAAGUACCUCAUGGAAAUCAGUCUCGUCGAUCACCGCUUUUUGGAAUACAAACAAAGUCAUAUUGCUGCCGCGUCUAUGUACCUGGCCCGCAUGAUCCUCGAGCGUGGAGGCUGGGAUGCAACACUGACCAAGUUUGCUGGCUAUUCCGAAGAAGAGAUCCUGCCCGUGUUUGAGCUUAUGAUCGACUACCUCCAAGCUCCCGUUGCUCACGAAGCACUCUUCAAAAAAUAUGCAAGCAAGAAAUUCUUGAAAUCAUCCAUCCUGUCCCGAAAGUGGGCUAAGGACUACUGUUCCAACUUGAGAAAUGCUGGCGCCUCCCUUGCGGAUGCCAGGGUACAAUGAUGAUAGCAUCUGGGACCAUCUCAUCCAAAGACAUCUUCCGCAAUAUGCUUGGUUCUGGUCCAAAAGACGUGAAGUCUAUUCUCCAGGGUAUGCAUGGAUCAGAAGUCUUUGGCUGCCUUUAUGGCUAUGCUUCACGCUUCCAACAGUCAUUGUCAUGAGUACAGAACGAUAUUCGAUAGAAUUACAUCCGCAUCAUUAUCCACACAGAAAAUCCUGCGUCGAGAGACCAAGAACAAAUUCUGAAGUCGAAAAACAGGCGCCCUCAGCUACCAGCGCUGUCCAUGAGCGAGUUUACGUGCAAGUCGAAACCAUCACCAUCGUUUUCAGCAGGCGCAUUGGCAAGGGCGCACAGCACGCGCGAGUCUGUUCACAAGGCGCCCAUCUUGGGUUUACGGGAUCUGCGUUGUUUCGGGCGUUGCACAACUGGAGUUGAUAUGGGCUUGCAAAGGCAAAAUGAAGAGAAUUUGACCACGGCGAAUUCUGGCGUUCAAAUGAAUGGGCAUGCAAUGCAAGUGGAGGCAAGGAUUACCACCAUCGUUGCCUGAGCUUGAAUCUUGGAUUUGUUUUUCAAUUCUGUGUCUUGAGCGCAGCCAAACAACAAACCAAAAAACGUGUCGAGUGGAGCUUAAUGGCAGAGAUGAUGUUGAGCUAUUUGGAUAGGAAUUGCUGUCAUUGGCUUUCCAUGGCCAUGGCUUUGACCUAUCGCCGCGCCUCGUUAUGGCAUUCAAUGCCAAUGGAAAAUUUCCAUGGGCUCAGCAAUAGACCACAUAGUCACAAGACCAUUCAUGUCAAUCGACUUUGCUCGAUCUGUUGUUGGUUUUUCUUUGUUGUCAAUGUCUAUGUUCUAUGUAUGAUGCUCCCUCGAUGAGUUGAUUGGUGUAUGCUAUGACCUGAGGAGACAUGCUCUUAUGCAUGAAUGUAAUUCCUGUAUGCCUGUUUCUUUCUGUCUGGUCAACACAUUGUCGUCA